AUGUGGCCCAGACUCCCCCAAUGAAUGUACCUUCAGGACUCGUUCCGGAGUAGGUUCUUCAGGGUGGGCGUCCGGGCCCCGCCCCAACUCCUGGAGCUGGCUGGCCAGAGCCUGCUGCGGAAUGAGGCCUUGGCCAUUGCGGCCCUGGAGGAGCUGCCCAUCGAGCUCUUCCCACUGCUGUUUACGGCGGCCUUUGCCGGGAGGCACACCUAGGCCCUGAAGGCGUGGCCCUUCCCCUGCCUCCCGCUGGGGUCCGUGAUGAAGGACCACCAGCCUCAUCUGGAGACCUUCCAGGCUGCACUCGAAGGCCUGGACGUCCUGCUUGCUCAGGAGGUCGGCCCCAGGUAAGGUCGACCUGGCAGACUGGCGGUGAAGCUGCAGGUGCUGGACUUGCGCUGGAACGCCCACCAGGACUUCUGGACCCUGUCAUCCGGCAUCAAGGCCAGCAUGUCCUCGCUGCUGGAGCAGCCAGCCCAGCCCAUGCAGAAGAGGCGCAGGGUGGAGGGUUCCAAGGUGGGGCUGAAGCCGGCGCGGGCCCCUAUGGAGGUGCUGGUCGACCUGUGGCUCAAGGAGGACACCCUGGACGAGAUCCUCAGCUACCUGCUGAAGAAGGCCAAGCAGAGGAGGGGCCGGCUGCACCUGCGCUGCCAGAAGCUGAGGGUCUUCGCCAUGCCCACGCAGAGCAUCAGGAGGAUCCUGAAGCUGGUGCGGCUGGACUCCGUCCAGGACCUGGAGGUGAACUGCACCUGGAAGCUGGCCACGGUGGGCAGGUUUGUGUCGCACCUGGGCCGGAUGGGCAGCCUGCGCCGGCUGCUGUUGUCUCACGGCCACGUGUUGCCGCACACCGCCCCCGACCAGGAGGAGCACUGCGUCGGCCAGCUCACCUCCCCUUUCCUGAGCCUGUCCCACCUGCAGGAGCUCUGCCUGGACUCCAUCUUCCUGGAGGGCCGGCUGCACCACGUGCUCAGGUGCCUGAAGACCCCUCUGGAGACCCUGUCGAUCACCAACUGCCUGAUUUCAGAGUCAGACCUGACGUACCUGUCGCAGUGCCCGAGCAUCAGCCUGCUGAAGGACCUGGGCCUCGGCAGGGUCAACCUGACCAGCCCCAGCUUGGAGCCCCUGCAGGUCCUGAUCGAGAGGACCUCGGCCACCCUGCAGGACCUGGACCUGUACGACUGUGGCAUCAUGGACUCCCAGUUCAGCGCCCUCCUGCCCUCCCUGAGCCCCUGCUUCCAGCUCACCACCUUCAGCUUCUGCAGCAACCCCAUCUCCAUGGCCAUGCUGGAGAGCCUGCUGCACCACACCGAGGGGCUGAGCAAGCGGAGCCUGGUGCUGUGUCCCGCACCCCUGGAGAGCUGUGAGGAUGUGCGUGGUACCCUGCACCUGGGUCGCCUGGCUCAGCUGCAUGCCCGGCUCAAGCAGCUGCUGUGCGCUUCUGGGCGGGCCAGCAUGGUCUCGUUCAGCACCAACCCCUGUCCACACUGCGGUGAGCAGAUCAUCUACGACACCCAGCCCAUCCUGUGCUCCUGCUACGCCCGCCUAGCCCAGCCUAGUCCCACCCCGCUCAUGACUCUCCUGUGA